AUGGGGGCGUCUAGCUCCAAAUUGGAUGAUGAUAAGGCACUCCAACUGUGCCGCGAAAGGAAGAAAUUUGUUAGGCAGGCACUUGAUGGGCGUUGCUCGCUCGCAGCAGCCUAUGUUUCAUAUGUCCAGUCGUUGAAAAUUGCAGGAACAGCUCUGAGGAAGUUCACAGAACCUGAAGCGCCAAUUGAAUCUUCCUUGUAUACGUCCACUAAUGCAACACCCGAGCCACUUGUUUUUAAUGAGAAAACCCCAUCUCAGUUCUCAUUCUCUUCACCAUCUGCAUCACAACGCAUUGAUCCACUUGAAAACUUUUCUCCAACGCCCUCUCCUCCCAGCUCAACUAAGUUCCAAGCUAAUCAUAUGAGGUUUAGCAGUAGUUCAUCUAAAAAGGUAGAAGAAAACCCACCUGCACCUGUUAUAGGAACAGUAACAUCAUCGGCUGCUCCACACAAUGUCACUCCCUUUUCUACCGAAAGGCCUGAAACAUCAGCUUUUGAAGAUUCUUCACUUCUAAAUGGAACUCAACCAUGGGAUUUUUUUGGUCUUUUUCAUCCUAUGGACCAUCAGUUUUCUUUUCAAGAAGGAAAGGGAACGCAUCAAGAUACGGGAAUUGCCGAUGAUAUAACAAGGUUAAGGGAGGAGGAAGGGAUUCCUGAAUUGGAGGACGAUGAAGAGAAGGUUUCUUCUCGAGGAAGUGAGAUCUCUCAUGAUUCUGAAGAUGAAUUUGAUGAUGAGCCUGCCACAGAUACCCUCGUCCGAAAAUUUGAAAACUUUAAUAGAGUAAAUGACCAUGUUCAAGCCAAUGGAUUUCAUGGCACAGAUAAGCCUCGAGCAGGGGAUUCGGUUGUGAACGGGGAGAAGGAGAGCUUCGCCUCUCCUGAUGUAUCACCACUAAAGAUAGCAACUUCUGUAUCAGCGCUUCCAACUGAAGCCAAUAAGUCAGUUGAGAAAGAAAACCACUCUGAAAAUAAAGUUGCACCUAAGGACUUUUUUGCAAGCAUGAAAGAAAUUGAAUAUCUCUUUGUUAGAGCAUCUGAAUCUGGCAAAGAGGUUCCAAGAAUGCUUGAAGCAAAUAAGUUGCACUUUCGUCCAAUAUUUCCGGGCAAAGAAAAUGCUUCGAUGGGGUCCUCAUUUUUGAAGGCUUGUUUCUCAUGCGGGGAAGACCCAACUCAAGUUGCAGAAGAACCUGCUCAAAACUCGGUAAAGUACUUAACAUGGCAUAGGACAAUGUCAUCUCGAUCCAAUUCAUCCAGAAAUCCUUUGGGAGCAAACUCAAAAGAUGAUAUAGACAACCACACAAAUAAUCUCUUUGAUAAUUUCUGUAUGAUCUCUGGAAGCCAUGCAUCAACCUUGGAUAGAUUAUUUGCUUGGGAAAGAAAGCUCUAUGAUGAAGUCAAGGCUAGUGGGGUGAUCAGAAAGGAAUAUGACACCAAGUGUAACAUCUUGCAGCAUCUGGAAUCAAAAGGAGAAAAGACUUCUACGAUUGAUAAAACCCGUGCUGUAGUUAAGGAUCUGCAUUCAAGAAUCAGAGUUGCUAUUCUUAGGAUAGAUUCUAUAUCUAAGAGGAUCGAGGAAUUGCGGGACAAAGAACUUCAGCCACAACUUGAGGAGUUAAUUGAAGGGUUAAGUCGGAUGUGGGAAACUAUGUUUGAUUGCCACAAGCUCCAGUUUCAGAUUCUGUCAACAGCAUAUUACAACAAUCAUGCUAGAAUCACAUUGCAUUCCGAACCACAUAAACAAAUUGCUUCCUAUCUUGAAAGUGAACUCCAUUUUCUAGCAUCAAGUUUUACGAAGUGGGUUGGAGCUCAAAAAUCUUAUCUAGAAGCUAUAAAUGGAUGGCUGAACAAAUGUGUUUCUCUUCAACAAAAAACAGCCAAGAAAAAAAGAAGGCCUCAACCUCCACUCCUCAGAAUGUACGGUCCGCCAAUUUACGCGACCUGUGGUAUUUGGUUGGAUAAGCUUGGUGAAUUACCUACCCAAGAAGUUGUAGAUUCCAUCAGGAGUUUAGCUAGCGAAACUUCCCGAUUCUUACCGCGUCAAGAGAAGAGCCAUGCUAAAGUUACAAAACAUCCUCACGUAGCAUCAUCCUGGAACACAGACAUCGGCAACGGGUCAUCAGAUAAUCUAUUGGGAGACGACGCAUCGGAGGACUGGAUGUCGGGUUUUGAUCAGUUUCGAGCAAGCUUUAUAAGAUUUCUUGGUCAGUUAAAUAAUUUUUCCGGGUCUUCUGUCAAGAUGUACACGGAACUUAGACAAGCCAUUCAGCAUUCCAAGACUCAUUAUUAUCAUCAUAGAUCAAAUUCUCAGACUCAAGAUCAUCAUUCAAAGCCAGAAUCUCAAGUUGAAGAGUCUGAGAAUCAAAAUUCCAAACAGUAA